AUGUCUAUGACUGAGACCGAGACGCUCCCCUCGUUUACCACCAUCGAGCUCCAGACGCCAUAUGGCCUGGAGCACCGUCGAGUCUCGACUAAGUUACCUCGAGACUGUCGGUCUGAUGAAAUACCUGUUAUCGACAUCAGCGGCAUCUACGACAAUUCAGCAGAACGCAUUAAGUUGGCCACUCAGGUCAAGUACGCAGCGGAGAACUCGGGUUUCUUCUACAUCAAAAACCACGGAAUUGACGAAGACAUCAUCAGUAAUGCUCUCCAAGCUUCUAAGAGAUUCUUCGCGCAAUCCGUCGAGGAAAAGUUGAAAGUUGCAAAGACUAGGUCCCGUCACUACAACGGAUAUAAUGGCCGAGGCACAACCCAGAUCUCCCCUUCAGAAUCAAUCGAUAAAAGAGAAGCAUUCAUGUGGUCUUAUGACCCCAAGCUUGAUGCAGACGUGCAAGAUCUUAAUGAUAUUCCCGAAAUCGUAAAGUCGUGGCUCCGAUGUGAGGAUUUUAUCUGGGAUGGUACGUCCCAGGUCCCGAAUUUCAAAGACGACAUCAUCAAGUAUUGGAGAGCAUGUUUGAAGCUGGCAAGGAGUCUUGUCAAGGUCUUUGCCCUGUGUCAAGGCUUGCCAGAAACUUACUUUGACAAACUCACUACGUAUCCCGGUGCCGACGGCGUGUUGAACUACUAUCCUGGACUCACAGCUGAUGAGGCCAGCAAACCCGUAACGGAUGAAGUAGGCAUCGGCUCCCAUACCGACCUUCAGUGCUUCACCCUGUUGUGGCAGGACGAUAUAGGUGGAUUGCAGGUUCUCAACAACGAAGACCAGUGGAUCAAGGCGAAGCCUAUACCUGGAACACUUGUUGUCAAUAUCGGCGACUUCCUUAUGCGGAUGUCAAACGACAAGUUCAAGUCAACCGUCCAUCGAGUAUUCAAUCGCACGACUCUCGACAGAUACAUAAUCAUCAUUUUAUAG